UGAUAACAGUGAAAAAAUUAAUCGUAUAAAUUUAAACAUUAUUUGAAAAUGCGCUUUGGAAUCUCUUUGACACUCAAGCAUUCGAAUCGCAUCGGAAAAUGUAUGUUUGCUUAGGAAUGUUACGUGCAGAAUCCCCACUUUAGUUGAUUCCUCCAAAAUGACCGGCAAAGCUGAGACAUUCCUAACGUUUUGUAGGACAAAUUAAAGUUCUUUAAGUUAGUAUAUAUGUAUAUAAGGGCAGAGGUAAUUCCUGAACCGAUUUCACGAAUUUUCACCACUAAGGUAUACUAUAUACGCACCCUAUUUUUGAAAAAACUAUAAUUAGGUAUAUGGGAGCUAGGGGAGGUUAUGACCCGAUUUUAAUUAUUUUUGUUACACGGACAAACUAUUAUAAGAAGAAGAUUCUCUCUGAUUUACAUUAAAAUAUCUGAGAGACUUAACGAUAUUUUCAGGAGGAAUUUACUCUAGGCAAUGAGUUCUUCAUGUUCGAUAUCCGGGGUCUUUAAAGUUAUAGUCCGGUUUCGACAAUUUUGCCACAAGUAAUGCCUGAGAUCAUACAUAGUAUUUAUGUAAAUUUUCGUUUCGGUAUCUUCUAAUAUAUAUAAAGUUGAGAAAUCAAAUGGAAUUCAAAAUUGAGUUAUAUGGAAAGUAGUCGUGGUUGUGAACCGAUUUCGCUCAUUUUCCAUCAUUGAAUUUCAUUGAAAUCGGUCGAUUUGUUUUUGAGAGUUUGUAAAAUUUAGUGUUUCUGGUGUUUUCCGUUAGUGAAUUAACACACUUUCAGUAAUUUUCAACAUAACCAUUGUGUGGGAUGUGGGCGUAUUAUCCGAUUUCAACUAUUGGUGUGUAUGGGGUACAUAAGGAAAGUGACUGCAGAAAGUUUGGUUCAUAUAGCUUUAGUAGUUUACGAGAUAAUAUUAAGUAUACCGUAAUAUAUAAGCGAUAUUUCCGUCCACAUUUGGUGAGUAACAAAACGAACAAACAACUGACUUAUAUUUAAAUGACUGAGAAAUGGCAUUUCAUGGAAGGAAGAAGAACGAAAAAAGAAUUUGUUUAUGUUCUAUAAAUACAAAGACUCUUAAAAUAAUUUGUGAGUAAUGAACAAAGAGAACAUUCUGACUAACCAAAGUUGAUCUUACUAAUUAAGAAUUCUAAAAGUUCCAGAAAAAAACUGGUAAUUUUUAUAACAUACUUUACCAAUCAGUUUGCAUUUAUUUAUUAACCCUUUCAUGCCCAAUGUUGCCUAUAGGCAGCAUUGUACUUACCGGCUUCUAAUUCUCGCUAUUUAACCAGCGGUUUUAUCAAUUGUGUAUACUUAUGUGUUUUGCAAACAUACAGUUACUUUUUCUGAUAUGAGCUGCGCACGAGUUCAUUCAGUAGGCGUUCUCCGCAGAAUGGAAUUGACAAAAAACGUUUCGCGAAAAAAGUUAUACAAAAGAGGUUAUACAAAAAGUGUUCAAAAACAUAAAAAUAAUUGUUUUAUUUUAAAACAAAGUGAGCUAUAUAAACAACUAAAGAUAAGAGAGUUAUAAAAAAAAAUAUGUCAUGAGAAAAAUGUUAAGUUUAAUUUUAAUUCAGGCAUGAGAGGGUUAAUUUUUUACUAUUUCAAUUACUUUCUCAAUUCUCAGUGACUGUUACUUCAAGUAAAUAUUUACUUCCUUCAACUUUCUUAACAUUCAAAAACAAAACAGAGCUGAGUUGAGCGCGCAAGCUGAUAGCUAGUACACGAAUUCUCUCAUUUUUUUAUUGAACGAGAUUGUAAUGAACAGUGAACAUUUCUAGAAAGUCGUCUACGCUUUGAACUUAUUUACACGCUUGAGCCCGUGUGCUCUCAAUGAGAAUGCUAAAAGCGCUCAUUAUCAGAAGAUUCAUGUUUUUAUUCAGAUUUCUUAUACGCUCGCAGCACGUUGUGCAAAGUAAAAUAAUAUUGUUUACAUAACUGUAGCUUGUUGCGCAUUGAAAAAUCGAAAUAAAUAUAGAAAUAGAGGUCUCCCUUAUUGGGGUUUUUAAGCGGAAAACCAUGUUAUAUUGUAUUCAAAUCAACAAGUGAGGCGUAAUUUGUAUUAAUGUUGUGAAUUUAGUGUUAUUUGAAACGACGGCGAAACAAUAUGGGAGAACGCUCAAGAAUAUUAACGCACAGAUAUACAACGGCGGUGUUUCUAUUAUGCUGCACACUCGCUUGUGUUUCUACUGAACGACAAAUACCGUGGACAGAAGCAGCACAUCCUCCUCGGAGUGUACCAACGCCUCGAUCAGUAGCAGGCGGAAUAGAAAAAGAGAGAAUAUGGGAUAGGACGCUUUUAAGUGGUACAUCAGAUGCACAAUCAACAAAACAGGAAGAUGCGAAGUCAGUUGAAGUUGGAUUGCGGUCGCUCUUCUACACACUACCUCGUCCUACAAGAAGAAAUAGAGGCGUUGCGUUAAUUAAUAAAUCACAAGGACGUCGGACGUGACAUAUGGAAAAAAAAUGUAAAAGUCCGAUAUUCGUUAUGCCAUUAAAGAUAUAAGUUUUUGUUCAAAUUUGUUACAUCUAAUUGUUGCGUUAUUGUACCUGAGAGAUUACUAAUACACUCGGAAAACUUGGUUUAAUUACUUCAGGUGAGAAUACGAAACAUCGUCAAUUAAAAAUCGAUCACUUGGCUGAUAGAAUCAGUUGAGUUUUACUCUGCUCAUUUGAAUAAAUAUGAUAACAUCAUUACUGUAUUUUUAUAAAAAAGUGUGUCUUACUUAGAGUGUUAUGCAUAAUUUUAUGAUUGAGAAUACUUUUGAAACAUUUUGGAGCGUAUUUGAAUUAUUUCGCUAAAAUUACUUUGUUUAGCUUCCACGUAAUUGUAUAUACAUAUAUGUGGAUGUGCCUUUUUCGAUAUCAGUGUUUUUUUGAACUUUUUGCUAAAAAAAUUAAAAAUUACAAAAUUGCAAAAUAUUUCUGAGUAUGCAGGUUUGUUAUUAUUAAUGUAUACGAUAUAAAAAACAAAAAAUUAACAAAUUUCAAAACAUUUUUUAAACUAUAAAACAGAAUUGAAGUUUAGGCUAAUGGUAAAUAUUUAUAUGUGCAUUUUACUAUUUUUACCAGUAAAGUCUAUACAUUUGAGUUUAACUGAAAGAAAUGUUUAUUUUAAUAGUCAGUAGAAUUGUCCUUAUAUUUUAAAAUUAAAUUAAGCCGCUUAAGAGAAUUAACUGCUGACUGUAGAAUAGUUAUGUAAAUAUUACCAAAUUCUUGCUUUAUGGCUAAUUUAAGGUGACGUACUGUCUCAAAAUGCUUUCCGUUAUGGAAAACAGGAGCAUAGAGGUUCCUCCCAGAGAUCCUCAAUAGGAUUUAGGUUCGAACUCAAUGCUGCACAUUGUAAUACCGGAAUUUUCCGGUCGUUAAAUAUGUUCUGCGUGUGGAUUGAAGCGUUAUCCUUUAGAUAUGUCCAGUUAUAUGCCAUAAAUAUUGCCAGCAAAUUUUAUUAACUCGCUGUCCAAAAGAUCUACAUUGAUAUUAGCAUUCAUUUGAGUGAAUAUAAAACAUGUAGAUAGCUUUCCACAGCAGCAAAAUGCAGCCCAUGAAAUCAAGGUACCGCUUCCAAAACAUCGCUUGUACUAGGACCGUCGUUCCUGGUGCGAAUCUCUCCAAUAUUUCUUGCAAUGACCUGGGCCGACCAAAUUAAAUUUUUUUUCGCCACUAAAUACUGUAUUCUAUCACUCAUCGGCACAGAAUUGGUUUUUAUUUGCAAAUCUCAAAUGUACUUUAUUGUGUCUUCCUUUAGCGUUGGUUUAGGUGCCAUGGAGGUAUGUCACAGAAACUGAUUUUUAUUUAUAAUUGGAAAAAUUAUAUUUAAUGUGAUUUUUUGUCCUAACUAGGUCCAUAUUUGAUCGCUGCUUAUCAAGUCCGCAACUACUAGCCGUCGAAUCAUCCUUUCGCACCGCUCAUCAAUGUUGUUUUUCGUCCGCUGCGUCGCACUAUACCAUAAACAGUUCCGAUGUCGCAUUUGUCUAGAGCCAUUUUGGAACCGCUUUUAUGCAUUCGUAUGAUUAUUACUUGUUCCUCGGCUGAUAAACUAGUUCCACGAGGCAUUUUAGGCUUAAAGUUAAAUAAAUAAAUUUUUAAAACAAAUUUUAGCAAAAAAAGUUUUUGCUGCGACGCUAUCAGUAAGACAGAUCCGCUAAACUGAUUUUGCACAUAUAAAUAUUUUCUAUGCAAUACCCAAUUCACAAGCACAUUCUUAAUGUAACUUUACAACGAACGAAAAAAGUAAGAAACAAUUUUCGUUGCAUAGUAACGGUAACAUAUAAACCUUUUAUUCCACAUUUACCGAAAUCCAAAAAAUAACAUUGAAUAAGAAAUAUAAACAAAAACCGAAAUGCACAUAUAAUUAUUUGACUGGGGUAUAUAAGAAUAUUGAGAACUGGUUUAAGGUAAUGUGGAACUUUGUGUAAAGAAUUUCUAGUCGGGGUUAUGCUAUUGUUAGAUUUCUUAAUGAAUAAUCGUCCGACGCAUAUGUUACAUUUAAAACACAGUGUUUAAACAAUUGAUUAUGAAGCAAUAUUAUUUUCAAUUAUUUUUAAAUAGGAAAUACAAACAGCGCUUCCUUUGACUCCAAUUAAAAUAGUUCCAUUACCCACUUGCAUAUAAUAUACUUUUAUUCAAUUGAAGACAAACUACAGACAAGGGAUCAGCGAAGCAUUGCCACAGGUGCAGUGGAGUGUAAAGCCUAGGAAACAUACGACAUGUUGAGCACCAUCAAUAGUGACCAAAGUCGUGUCAUCAGUAAUGCUUAAAUGUUGUUGUAGUGGCGCAAAUAUUCAACUUACGUAUAUUUUAGUUUGAGCGCCAAUAAUAGUGCAGAAGAUACGCUUCAUUGGCCAGCACGCAUCCGACGUAGGAAAUGUUGUAGCCAUAUAAAAUGAAAUGUUCCGGAGUCAAGUGAUUUAGUGCCGUUUUGUUGAGGAACUGUCGCAGGUCAUUUGUGAAUAAUUUAGUAGUGAAAACCAUUAGCUUUAUUAGUUCAAUCCUCUUGUGUGUGGUGCAUCCUUAAAAGUUACGAAAAUCGGGCGUUUUAUCUCCAAACAAAUAUUUACACGCGAAUUAAUGCGUUCCUGGCGUAAAAUGCGUAAACCGUUACUGGCCAUCAUCGCCAUCAUAUUGAUUGUCCUCGCGCAGGUUAUUAUCAGCGCGCCAGUAAGCAAAUCCAUACGCGUCCAACUGAAUGCCGACUAUGUGCGUGCGAUGGGUGCUUACAAGCGUUUAGAGACGCGUUUGCCACGCGAAGAGCUGCGCGUCAUCACCACGUUGGGAAUCUUGAAUGGCGCGCGGCAAGCCGAACAGCUCAUGGAACGUAACUUAGUGGACAUAGUAAGGGCGUUGCUCUUUGAAGCUAGUGACCUAAAUGAUGACGAACUCGUGACCAAGGUGCAAAAUAUUGAAAAACAGCUGACGCGCGAUCAUCGUGCAUUAUUGAUACUCACCAGUGCCAUGGAUUUGGUGACAGGUGAGAAGGAUGUGUACGAUUUCAAGACGGAUAUGCAGCAAACACUGCAACAGGUACGCAGACAAUCAGUGGACGGUGUUGAUGAGGAAGCCUCACAAGAGCAAACCGUACAGCCUGAAAGCGAUCUUGAGGCAGCAAAUGUCGCAGAACGUGUUGCAGCGCUGCGGCGUCAAAUUUUACAGCAAGUUCACGCAAUGAAGACGCUUGUAGAUGAAAAAGUUACACAAACCUUGGAUUACCUGAUUACAAAGGCGGACAAGGGUAGUCUGUUGGAGCAGGCAAGCAAGAAGGUUGUGCGCAAACGAAAUGCGCUCGAAACACAUGAGGUGCCGGCUGAGGUCCGUAUGAUCGAGUCCGUUUUGAACCAGCAGGACUUUCGCAAUAAUCUAGUAGAUGCACGUCUUGACAAUCGUAACAAUGAGCUUACAGAUGAUUCACUAGAAGAAGACUUUUUGCUACCGUCAAACGCUAAUAGAUCUAAGAUAGUCAUUGAAAAUCGCAGAAAUCAGAAUAUAAACAGUAGUCCUACAAUCACAACAACAUAUGCGACAACAACAACAAUACGAGCAGCAAGAGCCACAAAGACGAUCAACACGAGAGCAGCAACUGCAGCCGUAACAACAACUACAACAAUCCCUCAAAGCACCGCCCUAAUUGAUGUAGAUGGACCAAAACUUGCCAAACAGGAAGAUAGCGAAGUUUUGACGCCAGUUGCAGCAGCAGCGAAUUUGGAUAACGACGAUGAGUUCCCUGAUGCUCCCCCGCCGCCUGAACCUGCCGGUGGUGGCGGCUUGGUGGGCAUUAUAUCGAGUUUGAGUGGGGGUGAGGGUGGCUCGGAUAUCGGCGCAUUAAUUGGCGCAUUAACCGGCGUAAUUUCAACAUUAUUUGGGCCGGGCGGCUUAGAUAUUGAAUCCCUAAUUAGCACAGCAACUUCAUUAAUUUCCGGUUUGCUGGCGGGCAACAAAAACUUCGGCACUGUACUGGGCAAGUAUAUAGGCACCGCCUUUGAUGGACUUUCCGGCGGCGGUGGAGCAGCAAACAAUGGACAAUUCAUCGGGAACUUGCUUGGCACUGUUUACGCUCAACUCAGCGCAGACCCUGACGAUGACGACUUACGUCCCAAUCCUUUGCUCUUUGCACGCAAUCUCAUUAGUAGUUUCGUGGAAGCGAAAAAUCGCAAGGAAUCCGAUGAGGAGGGCGAUGAUGAGCGUCGCUCUGAUUCACGGCAUUCGCAGGGCGGCGAUAAAGGUAAAGGCGAUGCGGGCGGUGGUUCCGAUUCGGGCGGCUUCAUCAAGCAUAUCGCUUCACAUAUAGUGGGCAGUCUUGUCAAUCUGCUCUUGAAUGCUUCGUUGGGCGCAUCUGGCGGUGCAUCGCGUGCGUCGGCUUCUUUGUUUGGCAGUUCCAGUCAUAAAGGCGGCGGAGGAGGCGGUGGGCAGAAGCAUUAACGCUUGAUAGUCAUACUAUAGUGGUACAAAUUGCACUAAUUUUUUUUAUUAUUUUUCAUGGAAGAUUUUUCGUUGUUGUUGUUGUUGUUAUUGUUGUUGUUAUUGUUGAUAAAAAACGGCGUAGCAACGCUAUAUGAAGUAGUGGCAUUAGUGUAAUUACGCAAUAGAGUUAUUCAUUUAGCUUCCGCGUAUGUUUUAUUAUUAUUUUAACAAUGCCAGCUAGCACGUGUUGUACUUUUAUUUAUCAUUAUAUAUUGUUGUUGUUAUACAGCUAACUUUUAAACGCAUUUGUACAUAUAUGAUGUGUGCAAAGUUAAGUACAACGCAGGUAAUAAUUUAGUUUUGUACAUUUUAUAAUUGUAAGUAAUAGUUAUUAAAGUCCUUUAUACUUUUAUAUACAUAUGUGCGAGAAUUAGAUUUGACAAUAAAGUAUGUGAGAUUUCAUUAAGCUCAACAGCGAUUUAAAUGUUUUAGUUUUUUUUAGUUAUCUCUUAGAUAUUUUAAUUAGAAAAGUUAUAAUAUGUAAAAUAAGUUGCAAUUAAUAUUAAGUGGUAUUUCAAUAAUAAAUAUUAUCGAAAUCUUAAGCUAUUAAACCA